AUGGAGAGUAUCAAAGGAUCUUUUGCCCACUUGGAGUGUCUUGUGUCUGGAUCCCUGCCAAUAUCUGUACUCUGGUACAAAGAUGAGAAGGAGAUCAAGAGCGAUGAGAAACACAAAUGCACAUUCUUUGAGAACUCGGCAUUUCUAGAAAUUAGUCGUCUUGAUAGUGCUGACAGUGGCGGCUAUACCUGCAUUGCUAGUAAUGAGGCAGGCAAAGACCAGUGUUCUGGUGCCUUGCUUGUGAAAGAAAUACAAGUGCACUGGUUCAGAGAUGGGAAGGAGAUAAGUCGCAGUGACAAGUACAAAAUGUUCUUCGUUAAGUCUGUGGCGAGCUUAGAGAUAAUUGGUGCUGAUGCCAAUGACAGUGGAGUUUACUUCUGUGAGGCCCGUAAUGAGGCAGGCAGUGAGAGCUACAGCAUGGAGUUAGCCGUGAAAGAGCCCCCAGCAUUUAUUGGAGAGUUAACGCCUGUUGAAGUCGUGAAGGGCUCUAUGACUGUCUUUGAAUGCCAAGUGACAGGAACUGGUCCAUUUGAGGUUACAUGGCACAAAGAUAAAAAGCAGAUCAAAACCAAUAAGAAGCAUGCAAUUUAUGAAUAUGUGCGACCGUCUUUUGUAAAGAAGAUGGAAAAUGCUUCCUCUGUUUUGGGGAGUGUCGCUACAUUUCAGUGUGUUGUGAUGGGAUCGCCAUCUCUGUCUGUACAAUGGAAAAAAGAUGAGAACUGGAUCUUGGUAGAUCUUAAAAUUGAAAGGAUCUUUGAAAAUAAUGUGGCAACUCUAAGGAUUCCGAUCUGUGAGGCCUGUCACAGCGGGAAAUAUACCUGCCAGGUGGCAAAUGAGGCUGGACAGGACAAGUGCUUUGCAACCCUCAUAGUGCAAGAACCACCUAAGAUUAUAGAAAAACCAGAGGUGAUAAAUGUCACUCUAGGCGAUGCAGUCAGUUUGGAGUGCAAGGUCUCUGGCACCCCUGAGAUCAAAGUAAAGUGGACAAAAGAUGGAAUAGAACUCACACCCAGCAGGCAAAAUAAACUUAACUUUGAGAAUAACCUCAGUAGUUUGAAGAUUCAGUCUACACAACUGGAAGAUGCAGGGGAUUACCUGUUUGAGGCGACAAACUCUGUUGAUACCUGCAGCUGCAAGGUUAAAUUGAUUGUCGUAGAACAAGUCAUUGCGCCUACAUUCAUCAAGAAAUUAAUGGAGACUCAGGAGGUUUUGGGCUCUGUAGUUUAUAUGGAAUGCAAAGUCGCUGGUUCUUUGCCAAUAUCAGUGCAAUGGACCAAAGACGGCAGUGUCCUUGCAAGUAAAACCAAGUAUCAGUUAGAGCAGAAAGACAACACUGUGUCUUUGGAAAUUAAGAAUUUUGAGGAAGAGGAUACAGGGGAGUACUUGUGCACCAGUUGA